AUGGUAACUGAUUUACUAGAACUAGAUACAGUUAGUGAAAUUGAUAAACCAGAUGCAGUGUGCAUCACUGAAUCCAAACUGGGUCCCUCCGUAGAUAUGAUAUUAGGACUUAGAGACUAUAAUAUUUGGAGAGAAGUAGGACAAAUGGAAAUGCAGGAGGGGUUGAACUGUGAUUUAAGCCUGGGUAGUUAUCUUAAUAUGUUUGCAGACGACGCUAAAUUGCAUAAAUGGAUGUCUUAUGCCAAUGCCUCCAAAGUGAAAUCGAACACUCAUUCAUGUGGAGUUAUACAAGAGUGCGCCAUGUGGGUAAAUCAGCAAAGAUAUUUCUUCACGUGUUGCGUUUCUGUGGUCACCGUUAUGUACGGGCUCAACCUUUAUCUGCAAGGGAAGUCGAUUAACAAGAGAGCGAGUCCGAAGAGCAGAACUAUAGCUUUCAUCCCCAUGAGACAGCUAAUGCAAAACAAUCACAGUAACAAUACAGUCGAUGAUAUCUUGGAAGAGCACCUUGAUUCAGUCCCCACUUCCUGCACGUGCGCCUUAGCACCCUUGCAGCACGAGGAGCUCUACAACGAAUACCUUUCUCAACCAAUCUCGUGGUUGAACCUGAGUACGAGACAAGUGCUAGAGAAGCAGCAUCCGAACUUUCCCUUGGAUCUACUUUCAAACGUUAACAGAGGCUGGUGUGAUCUUCUACCAUCUCCUAUUGAUAUUGAAUGGCACAAUAUAUAUUACCAGUCGCUGAAAGUCUCCGAAAACACCAAUUACCUCCUCUAUUCAGCCUUCCUGGAUAAUCGUAUCUUCACUGAUACACGCCCCUGUAUCAGAAUCUUAGCCUACAGCAAAGAUACAGAUCCGACCUCCCCUUGGUGCUAUAUUUGGUUCAAUUCUACGGGUCCGCCCGCCGUCUCUCGAGUUAUAAGACAAGAUUAUGUAGACUACGUAGCUAGAUCACAGUCUCGCCAGAUGGUGUUCAUUCUCACUUGUCGAAUUCCGAAGAAUAAUUCUUACCUUGAGCCCUUGGCCGUGUCACUCGUCCGUCGGCCGUGCGAGAGAGCGCUUACUUUGCUGCAGGUUGUAGGAUCCAUGGAACGUAACAGUUCAACCGCCAUCGCUAAGAGAGACUCAUAUCGAAGGAACAAUAGACCACCUAUUUGGAACGUGGCAGUGUGUGGCCCGGCUCUCUUCUACUACCACCAAGACAUCUCGGUUCGUCUGGUCGAGUGGCUGGAGAUGCUCCGGGCUUCGGGCUUCGCAAAGGUCUUCCUGUCCGAGACCGACGUCCACCCCAACAUACAGAAGGUUCUACAGUACUACAUGCAGGAAGGCUUUGUAAGCGUGACGAAAUUCACGUAUCCAGAACCAUAUGUGAACGAACCCAACACCCGUAGGUUAUGGACCAUGUUGAAGCGAGAUGAGAUGUUCACCAUGGAAAAUAUGUACUUCACUGACUGCGCUCUCCGCCACAUGCACGAGUACCGCUUCAUCGCCCACUUCGACCCGGACGAAAUGCCCAUCGUACCCAGGCACGAGACUUUCCCUCAUUGGGUCGCCGAUAAGACAUGCAGGCGUGCUGUUACCCCAGGAAAGGAGAAAGGCCAGUGGGAAGCGCUUCACCUGUCUUGGUACUAUCACAACGACGAUUUGGAAACGCCAGACGCCUCUCUUCCAAAAUACAUGUGGAUGUUGCGCCACUCUCGACGAUCCCUGAAGAAACUUCACUUGAAUGUUGGAAGGGCUAAGCCUGUGUUUAAUAUGGAUGUGGCCUUGGGUGUCAAUUCUCAUAUGUUGAUCGCCUGUGGAUUUGGAUACUGCCGUGGACAAAGCUUCUUAAUCCCGCGAAAGGAAGCUUAUGUAGCUCACUUCAAGCUGUCUUGUGGUGAAGAUUGCAAGCCAGCCAACGCCACGGAGGAAGAACCAGCUCUUCUAAGGCACAAAGCAAAGGUCAUUCCUGCAGUUACACAAGUGUUACAAAAACUCCAGCUGAAUAUACCUGUUCAAAUUAGGAUAUUUUCUCGUACAAAGUUCAUAUCGAGUCUGGUUCUCCAGAAAAUUAUACACUUCAUCUAA